CGCCAUUUUCACCCGGGAGGAGCUCGGCGGGACUUUCCUGAAACUUCGCGGGGAAACUCUCCGGGCUCCUCCGGGGCGGCCGCAAACUUUUCGUGGCGGCGCCCGACUCUGCCCCUCCGUCCCUGACUCCUCGGCUCCGGCGGUGGCUUCGGAGGGAAGUUUGCGAUGAGCGCCCCUCCGCUGAUCCGGCCGCCCAGCCCGCUGCCGCCGCCGGGGGCUGCUGCCGCCGGCGGCAUCGCCUUCCACCUCCAGAUCGGGCUGAGCCGGGAGCCGGUGCUGCUGCUGCAGGACUCCUCGGGGGACUUCAGCCUCGCCCACGUCCGGGAAAUGGCUUGCUCCAUCGUAGACCAGAAGUUUCCCGAGUGUGGUUUUUAUGGAAUGUAUGACAAAAUCUUGCUCUUCCGCCAUGACCCUACCUCUGAAAACAUUCUCCAGUUGGUGAAAUCAGCUGCAGAUAUCCAAGAAGGAGACCUAGUUGAAGUUGUCUUAUCAGCUUCUGCUACAUUUGAAGACUUUCAGAUCCGGCCCCAUGCUCUGUUUGUUCACUCAUAUCGGGCUCCAGCCUUCUGUGACCAUUGUGGAGAGAUGCUGUGGGGGCUGGUGCGUCAGGGGCUCAAAUGUGAAGGAUGUGGUCUAAACUACCAUAAGAGAUGCGCAUUUAAAAUUCCCAACAACUGCAGUGGUGUACGGAAAAGACGCCUGUCCAAUGUAUCCCUGACAGGACUGAGCACCAUUCGAACGGUUUCUGCAGAGCCCUCACCCAGCGUGGCAGAUGAAGCCCUUCUGCAAAAGACACCGUCAGAAUCAUACACUGGGCGAGAGAAGAGGUCAAAUUCACAGUCCUACAUUGGACGACCUAUUCAACUAGACAAGAUUUUACUGUCAAAGGUUAAAGUGCCUCAUACUUUUGUCAUCCACUCCUAUACACGUCCAACAGUUUGCCAGUACUGCAAGAAGCUUCUCAAAGGGCUUUUUAGACAGGGUUUGCAGUGCAAAGACUGUAGAUUCAACUGUCACAAACGCUGUGCUCCUAAAGUGCCAAAUAACUGCCUGGGGGAAGUUGCCAUUAAUGGAGACCUUCUUAGUCCUGGGGCUGAGUCUGACGUGGUCAUGGAAGAAGGGAGUGAUGACAAUGACAGUGAAAGAAACAGUGGUUUUAUAGAUGACAUGGAAGAAUCUAUGGCUCAUGAUUCAGAGAUGUCAAUGACAGGAUGCCAUAGUGACAAUGGAGAAAUGCAGGAUGCUGAUCUGGAUCAUGAUGAAUCUAACAGGAUGAUCAGCCCUUCAACCAGCAACAAUAUUCCAUUAAUGAGAGUGGUACAGUCUGUGAAGCACACAAAAAGGAGAAGUAGCACAGUAAUGAAGGAGGGUUGGAUGGUUCACUAUACAAGCAAGGACACACUGAGAAAGCGACACUACUGGAGGCUGGACAGCAAAUGCAUUACACUUUUUCAAAAUGAUACUGGAAGCAAAUAUUACAAAGAAAUCCCAUUGUCUGAAAUUUUAUCUCUGGAACCUGCAAAAACUUUCACUUUGCUGCCUCAAGGAGCCAAUCCUCAUUGCUUUGAAAUAAGCACAGCAAAUAUAGUCUAUUAUGUUGGAGAAAACAUAGACAACCUCUCAAGUGUUCCACUGAAUAACAGUGUUAUCUGCAGUGGUGUUGGCAUUGAUGUGGCACGAAUGUGGGAGAUGGCAAUACAGCAUGCCCUGAUGCCUGUCAUCCCUAAAGGGGCAUCAACUGGCUCAGGACCCAGCCUGCACAGGGAUAUAUCCAUCAGUAUUUCUGUGUCAAACUGCCAAGUCCAAGAAAACGUGGAUAUUAGCACUGUAUACCAGAUCUUUCCAGAUGAAGUAUUGGGAUCAGGACAGUUUGGAAUUGUUUAUGGAGGAAAGCAUCGCAAAACUGGAAGAGAUGUUGCCAUUAAAAUAAUUGAUAAACUAAGAUUUCCAACUAAACAGGAAAGUCAACUUCGUAAUGAAGUUGCCAUUUUACAGAAUCUUCAUCAUCCUGGGGUUGUAAAUCUGGAAUGUAUGUUUGAGACACCUGAAAGGGUCUUUGUUGUUAUGGAAAAACUCCAUGGAGACAUGCUGGAGAUGAUCUUGUCAAGUGAAAAGGGCAGAUUGCCAGAGAGAAUAACUAAGUUUUUAAUUACUCAGAUCCUUGUUGCUUUAAGACAUCUUCAUUUCAAAAAUAUUGUUCACUGUGACCUCAAACCAGAAAAUGUGUUAUUGGCAUCAGCUGAUCCUUUCCCACAGGUGAAACUUUGUGAUUUUGGCUUUGCCCGAAUCAUUGGAGAGAAAUCAUUUCGGCGUUCAGUUGUAGGAACACCAGCCUACCUUGCUCCAGAGGUUCUGAGAAACAAAGGCUAUAACAGAUCUCUGGAUAUGUGGUCAGUGGGUGUCAUCAUUUAUGUCAGCCUCAGUGGUACCUUUCCAUUCAAUGAAGAUGAAGACAUACAUGACCAAAUUCAGAAUGCUGCCUUCAUGUAUCCACCUAAUCCAUGGAAGGAGAUUUCUCUUGAAGCCAUCGAUCUCAUAAACAAUUUGUUGCAAGUGAAAAUGAGAAAGCGCUACAGUGUGGACAAAACGUUAAGCCACCCAUGGUUACAGGACUACCAAACCUGGUUAGAUUUAAGGGAACUGGAAUGUAAAAUGGGGGAACGUUACAUCACCCAUGAAAGUGAUGACUCCCGGUGGGAACAGUAUUCAGAAGAACAUGGAUUGCAGUAUCCAGCACACCUUAUCAGUCCAAGUGCUAACCAUAACGAAAACACCAAGCUAGAAGAAACAGAAAUGAAAGCCCUCAGUGAGCGUGUCAGCAUCCUUUAAGUUGCAUCCCCUAUAAUCUGUCAAAACACUGUGGAAUUAAUAAAUACAUACGGUCAGGUUUAACGUUUGCCUUGCAGAACUGCCAUUAUUUUCUGUCAGAUGGGAACAAAGCUGUUAUGCUGUUACACUGUUGAUAUAUCUGAGUUGCCAAGACAAAUCAACAGAAACAUUUUUCUGUGACCAACUGUGUUGUAUUUACAAAAGUUCCCAGAAACACUAAACUUGUUAUUGUGAAUGAUUCAUGUUGUAUUUAAUGUAUUAAAACCUGUCUCCACGGUGCCUUUUCAAACUAGCGUUUUUCUUACUUGAGCCUCAUUUUGGUAAGAGAGAACUUUCCCGUGAAGAUCUCGGGUUUUUUUUGUGCAUCGUUAGUAUUGUAAUUGUAAGCAAACUCUUGAAGAGUAGAUUAUAACUGCUGUUCUGUGAACAACUUCUACCAUUUGAAUAAAAGCUUUAUUUAGUGUUCUAAAAAUAGAAAAGGCAAAAAAUAAGAAUAGAAUUGUACAGUUUCAAAUCAGAUAACGUGUAUUUGUGUGUUUGUGUAUGUAGAUACACAUGCACACAGUAUAACUUGCUCUUAAGCCUAAAUGCCUUAGUAAAAUAUAAACUGCAGCAUGUCAGUUGUAUUUCUCCUUUUCUUAAAAUAUUCUUCUCUAUUAUGAAUAUUCUCUAAUAUGUACAUUCAGAAGCUAAAUAACGUGUUGACUUUAUGUAUGUUUUCAAUAAAAGUCUUG